AUGAAGUACUUAGCUGCCUACCUAUUAUUGAACGCCGCCGGCACCACCCCAAACGCUGAAAACGUUAAGGCUGUCCUAUCCUCCGUCGGUAUUGACGCUGAAGAAGAAAAGGUCGCCGCUGUCCUUUCCUCCCUAGAAGGUAAGACCGUUGAAGAAUUCAUUGCUGAAGGUAACGAAAAGUUGGCUUCUGUCCCAACCUCUUCCGGUGCUGCUGCCUCUUCUGGUGCUGCCGCUGGUGCUUCCGGUGAAGCCGCCGCUGAAGAAGCUGCUGAAGAAGAAGCCGAAGAAUCUGACGAUGAAAUGGGUUUCGGUUUAUUCGAUUAA